AACGUCACGUCCUCCAAGAAGCAAUGAAUGUGUCAGCGAGCCAACCGGCGUGCGUGGAGGGCUGAUCCGGGCCGUGACCCGGAAGUAAACGUCUUCCCUCAUCAUCUAAGACCUUAGAAGCCAGUGUGCCCAGUGAGAGCAUCAGCAUGUUCAAGAAAUUUGAUGAGAAAGAGAAUGUGUCCAACUGUAUACAGCUGAAGACUUCUGUGAUAAAAGGCAUUAAAAAUCAGCUGACUGAUCAGUUUCCAGGCAUAGAUCAAUGGCUGAACCAGAUAAUGCCAAAAAAGGACCCUGUGAAAAUAGUCAGAUGCCAUGAACACAUAGAAAUUUUAACUGUAAAUGGAGAGCUGUUAUUCUUCAGACAGAGGGAAGGGCCUUUCUACCCAACAUUACGAUUACUUCAUAAGUACCCCUUCAUACUUCCACAUCAGCAGGUAGAUAAAGGAGCUAUAAAAUUUGUCCUCAGUGGAGCCAACAUCAUGUGCCCGGGUCUGACAUCUCCCGGAGCUAAGCUAUACCCAGCAGCAGCGGACACUGUUGUUGCGAUAAUGGCAGAGGGAAAGCAACAUGCUCUCUGUGUUGGAGUCAUGAAGAUGUCUGCAGAUGAUAUUGAAAAGGUCAACAAAGGAAUCGGCAUAGAAAAUAUUCACUAUUUAAAUGAUGGCUUGUGGCACAUGAAGACUUACAAGUGAAGCACUUGGAGGCAGCGUGGAUUGCGUGGAAAUAUUUGUGACUGAAUGUGAAACACACUUUUUGUGCUGUAAUUCUGCUUAAUAAAGUAAAUACGCCAUAA